AUUUAAUUACAUAAUACAUAUAAAAACAGAAUAGUGUUUCAUAUACAGAAAUUAUUCAUUGUUAGCUAUUUUUUAUUAUUUAAGCCUGACAAAGUUGAUUUGCAGAAAAGUGACAAAUAUUUACAUGGAAUGGCAAAAUGUCUUGAUUAAAGUCAUGAAAGAGAAUUGUUUGUUCUUACCACUAUAUUCAGCAUAAUUUUUUUGAGGUUUCAUUUAUCUAAAUGGAGUAGAAAAUGAAAUAAAUGAUAUAAAUAUUAGAAAAGGAGAUGAAAUAUUUUAAUUAUAUUCCUAGAAAAUCCACGAGACUACUAAAAACCUGUUAUAAUUAGUGAGUUUAUUCAAUAACAUGAAUAUUAAGAGAAUUACAAAACAAUAAAUGAAUAGUGCUUCAUUGUUGGAAUAACCAGUCAGAAAUGGAAAGGAAAAAAAGAAUCUUAUAAAAAUACUCACAGAUAAGUUUAAUAAAAUUAUUCUGUACCAGGAAAAUAAAAUGAUUCUAUCAUUAAGUUAGAAUUUAAGGAAAGUCAAACCAGAUCUCAAUAAAAAUUGUCAACCUUUCUGUACUCCACAUAAAUUUAAUUCAAUUCCAUUUAGAAACCUAGUGUAUCAUUUAGAAGUUAGGUAAGAUGAUUUUAAAGUUCAUGUGGAAAAUAUAUUUCUAAGAAUACCCAAGAAAAUAUACUCUAUAUUUUGGUUAAUAGUCCCUCGUCCUCUUCUCUCCUACAAACACAAACAUGUAUGGGGAAAAGUGGGGAAGAAAGCAAACAUACCAUUUUGGUGGCAUUUUCCCAUUAACUUCAGUGUAGAUGGAAAUCCACGGAGAGUUAGAGGAGUGAUUAUACAUUAUGUCUUACAUAUUUUUUGUUUCACUUUUUAUAAGGAAUAUGUUAUCUUUAAUUGAUUUCAUGUAGAAAUUUAAUAGAAAAGAGUUUAAUGACUUUUCACCCUAAAGUUGUAAUCCUGUAUUAUUAAACUAAAAAAUAAAAGCAUACCAUUGAUUGACUUGGGAUGUUUAAGAAAUGCAUCAGAUUUUUAAAAUACAUACUAAAUAACUGGAAUGUAAUUUAUUUCAGCUUUCUUGAAUGGUGCCUUCUACAAAGGGAAGAUUAAUUUUUAAUUCAAAAAUUCUGAAAAGAAUUUUCUCUUUUUUUCUCUGUCUCUGUUUUUUUGAAAGGUAUGCAACCACUCAUGUAUUCGGUUCAAGAAGCAUUAAAUGGCAGACCAUGGUGGAUUCGUAUGGGGACUGACAUUUGUUACUAUAAAAAUCAUUUCUCAAGAAGUUCAGUUGCUGCAGGUGGGCAAAAGGGAAAAUCUUACUAUACAAUUACGUUUACUGUCACUUUUCCACAUAAAGAUGAUGUUUGCUACUUUGCUUAUCACUAUCCAUAUACAUAUUCAACUUUGCAGAUGCAUCUUCAAAAAUUGGAAUCUGCACACAAUCCUCAGCAAAUCUAUUUUCGGAAAGAUGUGUUAUGUGAAACCCUGUCUGGAAACACCUGCCCCUUGGUGACUAUAACAGCAAUGCCAGAGUCUAAUUAUUAUGAACAUAUCUGUCAGUUCAGAAAUCGCCCUUAUGUUUUCUUAUCUGCUCGGGUACAUCCUGGAGAAACUAAUGCAAGUUGGGUUAUGAAAGGAACAUUGGAAUAUCUCAUGAGCAAUAACCCUACUGCUCAGAGCUUACGAGAAUCAUAUAUUUUUAAAAUUGUGCCUAUGCUAAAUCCAGAUGGUGUCAUCAAUGGAAAUCAUCGCUGUUCUUUAAGUGGAGAGGAUUUAAAUAGGCAGUGGCAAAGUCCAAAUCCGGAUUUACAUCCUACGAUUUACCAUGCUAAGGGGCUGUUGCAAUACUUGGCUGCAGUGAAGCGUUUACCUUUGGUUUAUUGUGAUUAUCAUGGCCAUUCCCGAAAGAAAAACGUAUUUAUGUAUGGUUGCAGCAUCAAGGAGACAGUGUGGCAUACCAAUGAUAAUGCAACUUCAUGUGAUGUUGUAGAAGAUACGGGAUACAGGACAUUGCCUAAGAUACUGAGCCAUAUUGCCCCAGCAUUUUGCAUGAGCAGCUGUAGCUUUGUAGUGGAAAAAUCUAAAGAAUCCACAGCACGUGUUGUAGUUUGGAGGGAAAUAGGAGUACAAAGAAGUUAUACCAUGGAGAGUACUUUAUGUGGCUGUGAUCAGGGAAAAUACAAGGGUUUACAGAUUGGUACCCGAGAAUUGGAAGAGAUGGGAGCAAAAUUUUGUGUUGGUCUUUUACGUUUGAAAAGACUGACAUCUCCACUAGAGUACAAUCUGCCUUCCAGCCUGCUUGACUUUGAAAAUGAUUUAAUUGAAUCAAGCUGCAAAGUAACUAGGAACCUUGGCAGCUCUGAACUUCAGUUUUUGCCUCCACUCCUUUGAAAUUGCUGACAGCUCUGAUGACUUCUCUGCCUCUAACAGCUGCCCUUGCUUGGCCUGGGUUCCACUGGACUUUGCUCCACGUACCUUUUUUUCUUUGCUGAUUUUGCUUUGUAUCCUUUCACUGUAAUAAGCCGUAACUGAAUUUGACUGUGUGCUGAGUCCUGUGAGUCUUCCUAGCAAAUCACUCCCUACAGUGGUCUUCGGACCACUGAUAAGCAUGUUCAUUCUGAAUUUCUGUUAAGAUUGGUUGUCCCAGAGAUUCUAAUGUUCUGCUGAGAAUGAUCAGAGACAGAUGGUACCGUGAUCCUUUUAUGGAUGUGUGCAGCUGAGGCUCAGAGGGAGAAAUUUACUUGAGGCCAUCCAUCUAGAAAUUCCUGUCAGAAUCAGGAAUUGGAUUGAGGUCUAACUCUAAAAUUCCCAUUCCUUUAUUGUAUCUUGUAUCCUCCAAGUAUAUAACCAAAAUUACUAAAAGAUAAUGGUUUCAAUUUUUGAAAUGCUCUUGUAUAAUUUGGAUAAUUUAAUCAUUUAACACUUACAUUAUGUGUAAGUAAUGUUUUAGAUCAAUGACAAAAUAAGUUGGUGCUUAGUGACAUAGUUAAUUGCUGCUUCCCAAAGCCAGCUUAGUCAUACAACUGCUCCUUGACUUACAGUGGGAUUAUGUCACAAUAAACCCACCGUAAGUUGAAAAUACUAUAAGUUAAAAACCUAUUUUCUACACCUAACUACCAAACAUCACAGCUUAGUCUAGCCUACAUUAAACAUACUCAGAACACUUAAACAGUAGCUUGCAGUGGGCAAAAUCAUCUAAGGCAAAGCCUGUUUUAUAAAUAAACUGUUGGAUAUCUCCAGUAAUUUAUUGAGUAUUAUACUGAAAGUAAUAAAACAGAAUGGUUUUGUAGCACUGUCAAGUCAAAAAAUUGUAAGUGGAACUGUUACAAGUUAGGGACUGUCCAUAUUUUUUUUUAAAACAAAAGUACAAAUAAAUUAGCAAUUUUUUUUUCAAAUAGAAAAAUAUUCUCGUUGGAUAUUUUGUAUGCUAGUUCUUUGUGUGUAUGCAUGUAUGUCUAUGUGCUGUAGCCAUUUAAACCUGACAAAAAUUGUUACUUGCAUUUUCUCUGGAUAACUUUGUUUACUUUGUGAUAUUUGGGAGAUGUUAUAUUUAUCUCUCACAAGAUAGGAAUAAAAUUUUAUAAAUUAUAUAAAUGAAAUACCUCUGGUAUUUGUACAAAUAGAAAGAUUUUCUUUCACCCUAAAUCUGACAUUUCAAUACAAGAAAAUAAGAUACAAUCAGCAAUUCACAAAUUGCUGAUAAUUUAGACAAUGGCAUAUUUUUCUGUGCAUCAUUUUCAAAAAGCUUUCCCUCAUGAUAUUCCAACUCCAUGGGCAGUGGUUUGCUUUCAUCGUGCCUGUUGUAGGUCAUGGAGCUGAAGAUCUACAUUCUGGUGUCUUGGAUGGCAAAUGAGCUCUUGUGGAAAGAGCCUAUAUUUGAGGGAGAUGGUGAAUUUUUUAGGUUUAUUUUUAUUUUAUGCUUAAUAGCUUAACAUGAGGGUAGCCAGAAAACUUUCUGAAUCUGCAUAAAGCAAAAGUUUUUUUCUGUUCUCUUUAGAAAUCAGUUGGAAUUAUAAACCUUUUCUGCAUCAUAAUGACACCAUACAGCAGAGAAUUUCAAUGCAUUCAUCCUGUGAGAAAGGCUCUUUGGGUGACAGUUUUGAUGUUUUUCUUUAAGCAGCAUAAACAGGAUUUGGUUUUGGGCUAAAAUACUGUUUUCUUUAGAAUGAAAUAUUUCUGAAUUGCUUUUGGUUUAGUCUAUUCAGAGUAGAAGGAGAAACGUUAAGGCAGGUGUACAUAGGGCAGCUGUCAGAGGAGGAAGCAGAACCAGGCAAAAGGAGUAAACACGUGAAAGAAAUGGGGGAAGCCAGGAAACGGUGGCAUUAAAACAAAGUAAUCAUAAUGGGAAAUCAUUAAGUACUGGUUAGACUUUCUUUUUCUUAUGAGUGUAAGAAUUUUUGGACUCUUACCUGCUUAUGUAAAGCGAUUAUUUUAUAACGUUAGGGCGAGUGUCCUUGAAGUCUUUUUUCUUAAGUGAAGGUUUUGUGAGAAUCAUAGGAAAUAAUGUCUAUGAAAGCAUUUCCUAAGUUGUAAACUGCUCAAAACCUAUGUUGAAAUUAUUAAUAAAAGCAAAGAUGAAUUGCUGUGA